CGCGGCGCGCUGCUCUCCUUUCAGUCCAGCGCCGGUGUCGGAGCACGAGCAGCGCACGCGGAGCCGAGCUCGAGCAGCAGGGAGCGGGACACCGAGCGAAGGAACGAGCCCACUGAGCGCCAUGGCCGCGCCAACAGCUGCAUCUCUACCCGUCAAAACGUACUUUCUUCUCAUUUUCAGCGGUUUGGUCUCGAACGCGCCGGCGCAGGACCAGAGCAGCGUGUACAUGUGGAUUGAUUCUAACCAAGCGAGAAUUCUCAUUGGUUUUGAAGAAGACAUUCUGGUCGUGUCGGAAGGGAAGAUGGCCCCGUUCACCGAAGACUUCAGGCGAGCGCAGCAGAGGAUGCCCGCCAUCCCCAUGCACAUCGACCACGUGAACUUCACCUGGCGCGUAGCGGGACAGGCUGAGUACUUCUACGAGUUUCAGUCCCUCCGGUCUCUGGACAAGGACAUCAUGGAUGACCCGACUGUCAAUGUUCCAUUGCUGGGGUCCAUCCCCCACAAAGCAUCAGUGGUACAGGUGGGCUUUCCCUGUCUGGGCAACCAGGAUGGAGUGGCAGCUUUCGAGGUGACUGUGUUGGUGAUGGACAGCGGGGGUAACAUCAUCCUGAGGUCCCCCCACAAUGCCAUCUUUUUCAAAACCUGUCAGAGAGCCAAAUGCCCUGGCGGGUGCCGAAACGGGGGCUUCUGCAAUGAGAGGCAGGUGUGCGAGUGCCAGGGAGGCUUCUACGGGCCCCACUGUGAGAAAGCCCUAUGCACCCCUGGCUGUCUGAAUGGGGGUCUGUGCAUGAGUCCAGGGGUCUGCAUCUGCCCCCCAGGAUACUAUGGCGUGAACUGUGACAAGGUGAACUGCAGCGCCUCCUGCUUGAAUGGGGGCACCUGUUUCCACCCUGGGAAGUGCAUCUGCCCCACAGGAUACAGGGGACAGCGCUGUGAGAUCAGCCGAUGCAGCCAGCCCUGUCAGAAUGGUGGGAAGUGCACUGGGAGGAACAAGUGCAAGUGUAGCAAAGGUUUCCAUGGAGACCUAUGCUCCAAAGCUAUUUGCGAGCCCGGCUGCGGAACACAUGGGACCUGCGUAGAGCCCAACAGGUGCCUGUGCAAGCAGGGUUGGCACGGACACCACUGUGACAAGCGCUACCAUGGGGGUAUUGUGACCCGGCUGCAGGCUUUGGGCCCAAAGCACAAGCAGCAGCUUCCUUCAGCCAAAGAGGCCAAAGACGUGGAUGAGAACAUAAGUCUCCUGGACACCAACUACGUCGUAUGAACCUGUGGACCCUGCAGCCUUUACCUUCCUUCCAGGACUAACAUCCCCUGUAGAAAGGUUUCUCUCUGACUUCAAAACCCAGACCUUGGUUUAGCCCAAUUCUUCAACCUUGAUUCUGUGUAGAUCUUACCCUCCACAACCCCAGCUCACAAGUCUGGUUCUAUCAAGCUUUUCUCAAACUUCCACCAAUAGCAGGGGAAUCUUUUCUGUCUCAUAUGCACAUCCUCUUACGUUUUCUGUUUGCCCCUGUCAGUCAAAUGCUGCUUCAGAAGCGUUUCCAUGCUCUCUGCAUGUAGGUUUCUUCUGAGGGGUGCCACUCCAGCAGUCAUGAGUCAUACUACUUUGUAUCCAGCUUUGUACAAAAAAAGAUAAAAGUUUUGGAACAACUGAUCAGUUUUGGUUUACAUAAAGAGGUCAGUGGUCUCACCACAAGAGGCAUAAAUCAUCGUCGGUGCUGCGUACCCUAAACAUACGGGUUUUGCCAUGAGUUUGAUGG